CUUCUGGUUUGUCUGCAAUGAAUCCUCAUCAGUUCUCGGUGGUGUUGGCGUUCACGUUGGCCCAGCUCUGUGCAUCUUCUCUGGGUUGUCCUUCGGGAUGCCGAUGCUAUAGUUUGACCGUGGAAUGUGGAUCCAUUGGACUCAAAGAGAUCCCGCAAGGCAUUGCUCAAGGAACACAGACCAUCUUUCUUCAGGACAAUGCCAUCGGACAGGUCCGUCAACAGGAUCUAUCUGAUCUUGGUCAACUCCACUACCUCUACCUGCAGAACAACAGCAUUUCCACCCUUGAAGUUGGGGCGUUCAGGAAUAUGGGCCUGCUUCUGGAGCUCGCUCUUAAUGGAAACCGAAUUCACUUGAUCACCAUGGACGUGUUCCGCGGCCUGGAUCACCUGCGCAUUAUUUACCUCGCAGGAAAUCAGAUCACCAGACUGGAGGACUACACUUUCCGUGGAUUGCAGCGUCUGCAGGAGCUGCAUCUGCAGGAGAAUGCGUUGGAGGUGCUUGGAGAUCAAGCUCUGGUAGGUCUCUCUUCUCUGGCUCUUCUGGACCUCACCAGAAACAACCUGCGAACUCUGAGUCCUGCUUCACUCAAACCCCUUGUCAGUCUGCAGGUGCUGAGAGUCAUAGAUAACCCAUGGCGCUGUGACUGUGCUUUGCACUGGCUGCGCGGCUGGAUAAAUGAAGAAGGUCAGAGGUUGUUGAGCUCAGCGGAACGCCGGAUGCUUUGUGCAGAACCUCCGCGGCUCUCCCAUCUCAGUCUGAUUGAGGUUCCUGCAAACAGUCUUGUUUGCAUCCCACCCGUAGUGCAGUUGGAGUCCAGCCACCUGACAGUACGUUUGGGGGAGAGUUUGCGUGUAUCUUGCCAAGCGUCUGGAUACCCGCAACCCCAGGUGACCUGGAGAAAAGCCUCUCAUGGUAAAGCCCAGCUUUCUCCUAGGGGGUUGGUGCAGGAGGUGGGAAUGGAAGGAGAUGCUAGGAAAGGAGGCAGGGUGGUGACCGCCAGACCUGCUGGAAAAGGAGGGACAUCAAGUAAAGGACCAGUCCAUGGCUUGGACGACGGAGGUGACCGAGAAAGGUUCGAUCCAGAUACCGGAAGUGGGAUGCUGUUCCUCAGCAAUGUUACAGUGGCGCAUGCCGGACGUUAUGAAUGCGAGGCGUGGAACCCUGGUGGGGUCGCUCGAGUGACUUUUCACUUGUCUGUAAAUAUGUCUUCGUCAUCCUCUGUUAUCUGGCCUCGGCUACAUUCGUCAUCUUCAUCGUCUUACUAUCAUCCUUCCUCAGUCGACGUGAGUCAAGAGCCACUGUAUGAAUUGGAAAGCAUGGACUUCAACACUUUAGGAACCGCAACUCAGAUGGCCAUAGCUGUGGGCAUCUCUCUACUGGCAUUGACGGCCCUACUGCUGCUUUGCAUGAUCUACAGUCGUCACCAACGGCAGAAAGAGGAAGGCAGUUAUGGCCCUAGCAAGGAGGAGAGCAUCCUCUACGUCAACGACUAUUCCGACGGUCCUACCACUUUCGCUCAGCUCGAAGAGUAUCGAGAUGAACGCGGCCAUGAGAUGUACGUGUUAAACCGCGCCAAACUGGUACUUCCUCACCCACCGACCGCAAACCAACAGGGAGCAACGCUGAAGGCCAGUGAGGCACUACAGGGUCAAGGAAUACUAACCCCAUGCAGGGCAGGAGGCAUCGGUCCCCGUAGAGCUCCUGCAGAAGGUGGAGAAGGGCCUCCGCCUGAUCCCGAGGGGCUGUUCAUGAACCAGAGUUUGCUCUUUGACACACAGAUCGCCUAUGAGAUCCAUUGCUGAACAGUAUCACUGUGUUCCUUUGAAUGGAGAGCUUCUGCUUGCUGGAAGCAUGCUUGUAGGCGUGGUGAUGGCGUAGUGGGCUAAAGCACAUAACUGGUAAUCAGAAGGUUGUUGGUUCAAUCCCCACAGCCACCACCAGUGUGUCCUUUAGCAAGGUACUUAACUCCAGGUUGCUCCAGGGGAAUUGUCCCUGUAAUAAGUGCACUGUAAGUCACUUUGGAUAAAAGCAACUGCCAAAUGCAUAAAUGUAAAUGGAAGGACAGACUAACUCUUCAGUGCGCUUGAAAUAACCAGGGUUCUUGCCAAUAAACAUUACCCUGUUGAAUUUCCUUUUUCGUUCUAAGAGCACAAAUGCUUUUUUUAAAUUUAUUUUUAUUUAAAGACUAACAUACUUAAAAGCUAAAGUGUUGCAAAAGUAUUGACUGAUUUCAAAACAGGUUUCCCAAAAACUCCCCCUAUCUUCCAUUACUUGGAAAAACAGUUGUCUUAGCCCCAUGUUAUCACCAUUGGGUGGAGCCAAUGUUGUCAUGUUAGGUCGCUCAAACAUACAGAGAAAUGGUGAAAGCACCACAGUAUUUACACUCUUCGGGGAAAUCAAUCUACGAAUGGCUUAAAUAUAGUUGACUCUGCACAUUAAACUUGCAUAGAAGAAAGUACUGUAUUUUAUCGUUGACAAAUUACAUAUGAUAGCUUUAAAGGAAUAGUCCACCCCAAUUUUGUUUUUUUAUUUUUUUUGGGGCCUUUUUUAGCUUGAUGGUCAAUAUAUAACUAGUGUUACAGGGAAAAGAGCUGUGUAAAGUUCUCCUUUUAAAAGAAUAUUCCGGGUUGAGUAAAAGUUAAGCUCAAUCGACCGCAGUUAUUGCGUAAUGUUGACUACCACAAAAAUUAAUUUAGACUUGUAUCUUUUCUGUAAAAGAAAAAGCAGAAAUCUGGGUUAAAGUGAGGCACUUGGAAGUGAUUGGGGCCAAUCUGUAAACAUUAAAAUACUCACUAUAUCAAAAAGCAUAGCCAUGAGACAUAACAAUAUGCAUGUUAACAUGCUGUUAGUGUUAUAAAAUUACUUACUAUCCUUUUCAGUGUAAAGUUAUCCAAUUUUACAACUUCGUUGCCGUUUGGUUUGGUUUAAACCAAAAAACAUCAGUAAAAAUUUGGUUUUAAACAACUUUAGAGCUCAAAUAAAACUUUUAUACAAAUAAGCUUCAAAUUUCUGCCUUUA